CAGUCAGCUGCUCAAUGUUUACAUCCAGAAUUGUGGCCCCUCGCACUGAAUGUUGAUGGGAAGAGAUCUGACAGGGUAAAACAAAAAACAAAACAAUGGACAGCGUUAAACGAACAGACAGCGCCUGUUAACAUCGUCGGUAAAGCGUUACUUCAGUUAAGCGGGCAGAGUCUGAGUGGCCGGCGUGUUGCCCGCGACGAGUUUCUUUGUUUGCGGAGGAGAUCAAAUUAACCAUCUCUUGCGAGACCUUUAUUUCCAACCAGAUCGACUGUUUGCAUCCGAGCAAAUAAUUACAAUGGGUGGAGCAGUGAGUGCAGGGGAGGACAAUGAUGAGUUGAUUGACAACCUGAAGGAGGCCCAGUACAUUCGUUCGGAGCUCGUGGAAUGUGCUUUCAGGGCCAUUGACCGUGCUGACUACUAUCUAGAGGAGUUCCGGGACAGCGCCUACAAGGACCUGGCCUGGAGACAUGGCAACAUCCACCUUUCUGCACCUUGUAUCUAUUCUGAGGUGAUGGAAGCCCUGGAUCUACAGCCUGGUCUGUCCUUCCUGAACCUGGGAAGCGGAACAGGGUACCUCAGCACCAUGGUGGGCCUCAUAUUAGCGAUGAGUAAAAUUUUAAAAAGCUACUUGAAAGCAACAGAUAAAGAGGCAGUUAUAAAAGGUCCAUUUGGUGUGAAUCAUGGCGUUGAACUACACGCUGACGUCAUUGAUUAUGCUCAUCAGAAGCUGGAUUGUUUUAUCAAGACAAGUGACAGCUUUGACAGGUUUGAGUUCUGUGAGCCAUCGUUUGUAAUGGGGAACUGUCUGGAGAUUGGCCCAGAGAGCAGGCAGUACGACAGGGUGUACUGUGGUGCCGGCGUUCAGAGGGAGCAUGAAGACUACAUGAGGAACCUUCUGAAAGUUGGAGGCAUUUUGGUGCUACCUUUAGAGGAAAAGCUUACUAAAAUCACUCGCACUGGGUAUAACACAUGGGAGACAAAGAAGAUCAUUGCUGUGUCCUUUGCACCUCUCGUGCUUCCAAAACACAGAGAAAAUGGUAAACCCAGAACAGUUCCUCUACCUGCCAUGUUUGAGGUGCGGAGCCUCCAGGAUUUGUCUCGCAUCUCCAUCCGAACGACUCUGAAGAAGUCGGUGUCUGGAUCGUGGCCCCUACCGCGGAGAGUGGGAUUCAGAGGAAGGUCUCGUGCGAAACAGAGACGGGAACACCGUGACUCGACCCUACUGACCAACCGCUACGUGUUCAUGAGCCGCCUUAUCCCCGGACCGCUGAAUGACAACCACCAUCCAGGGACAGAUGAUGAAGAGGAUGACUGCCGGGGGGUUUGUGAAAGAGAGGAGGACGAGGUAGAAGACGAGGAGGAUGGGAGGAGGAAAGAAGGAAGAGUCCUGUUAACUGAGGCUCCUGUUAACCUCCUGAGGGAGAGGAUCCUUAGCCUGCCUCUCCCAGAGCCACUCAAGAUGUACCUUCUAUAUUAUAGAGAGAAGUAGGCCAUCAGCUUGCUCAGUUCAGUCACAAACUGGCCACUAGUACCCACAGCAUCAACAGCCCCCACCCCACGGACUACUCCAGCCUGAUCAGCAAAAAUGUGCACAAAUCUACUUUAUAAUGGUUGAAUCAGCAGUUUUGGGGCAUCUGCAGACAAGCACAAAUGGCUCCCUCAAUCAUAACGUGUAGAGCCAUUCUCAUAUGUAAAAUGUUAAUUGCAAAAUCUCCUCUUUUACUGAAUUAUUAAAGCUCUUACUGAAUUUGAUAAGGUAAAAACAGGUUUUCAAACAGUGCUCAAAAGAUGUCCACCAUAAAAACGAGAUAUGAACAGUUUAGACUCUAUUAAUAAACAUAGUUCUUCGCCUGGGAUGACAAGCAGUUCCCACUUGGAGUUUUAGUUUGUGUGUACUUCACCAUUUGUAUUCCCCUCAACAAAUGUGUCAGUCAUUUUCAUUUGAAUAUGGGGGGGGGGGGGACCCCCCAAAAAACUCAAUGAUAAAACACGUUGAGCCUCAUAGUUCUCAUUAUGAAAAGGCCAUGCACCCUGUUCAUAAUACUACUGCUGAAGGGUCUUCAGACACAGCCAAACAAAAAAACCUAGUUUUCCCCAGAUCAAAGGGACUACUCGAGCAACUUCGUCAUUUGAUAUGUUCAUGCAUUUCUCACUGCCUGCUGACCUUUAUUAAUCAAUAUUGUCUCCUAGGUUACCGUCCAGGUAACAGGACAUACAGUCUCUUAUAUUUUAGCUAUAGUUUUUUUUCCUUCUUCCACUCUCCUAAUAAGGAGAUACAGAGCCUAUAUCGGACUGCUCAGUUGUUUUUAUUCCAAUAGUGGUAAUACUCUGAAAUAAAUGGCCAAAAGCCUGCUGUGA